AAUUUGCAUCUCGACCGCAGCUCUGGACCCUUCAGGAGUUCCAAAGAGGAAGACGGAUGCGACCACAGAGUCUACCUGAGAAUGCUACCUGUCCCCUGGCUUCAGCAUGGCACCCUAGGAACGCCGUUAACCUGCCCCCUUCCUCCACUCCUGUUUUUGCCUUCGUCAUCUCCUAUAACCCACUGACUUUUUGAUCCCUCUCUGCACCCAGCUGAAGUCCCAGUAAUAUGAGUACAAGAGCUUUUAUUUUGGACAUGUUGUUUUUUCCUUUCAAUGCUGCCGGCCACCAUGGCUCUGGUGGGAAGCGCCACUAUACUCCUCAGCAGGUUGCUAAUCAUUGUCUGGUGUGGCUCUUGGGACUCGGGCUGCACCUGACCCUUUCCUCGUGUCAGCGAGUUGACCUGAAACACCCCAUAGUGUCCACAGGUUAUGGAAAGGUCCGGGGUAUCAAGAAGGAUCUCAACAAUGAGAUCUUGGGCCCAGUGGAACAGUACCUAGGUGUGCCAUAUGCCACCGCACCUAUUGGCGAGCGCCGCUUCCAGCCUCCGGAAGCUCCUGGUUCCUGGCAAGAGAUCCGCAACGCCACCCAUUUCGCGCCAGUGUGUCCCCAGAACGUGCACGGGGUUUUACCCGAGAUCAUGCUGCCAGUGUGGUUCACGGACAACCUGGAUGCUGCAGCGACGUACGUUCAGAACCAGAGUGAGGACUGCCUUUACCUCAACAUCUACGUACCCACUGAAGAUGGUCCGCUCACAAAAAAACAAGAUGAGUCUACAAUGAACAGACCCAGGGAUGAAGACAUUCGGGACCGCCGCAAGAAGCCGGUGAUGCUGUUCAUCCACGGAGGCUCCUACAUGGAGGGCUCGGGGAACAUGUUCGACGGUAGCGUCCUCGCCGCCUAUGGAAACGUCAUCGUGGUCACCAUGAACUAUCGGCUUGGUGUGCUCGGGUUUCUGAGCACAGGGGACCAGUCUGCUAAGGGGAACUAUGGCUUGUUGGACCAGAUCCAGGCCCUGCGCUGGCUCAAUGAAAACAUUGGCCACUUUGGAGGAGACCCAGAUAGAAUCACCAUCUUUGGCUCAGGGGCUGGUGCCGCCUGUGUGAACCUUCUCAUCCUUUCCCACCACUCCGAGGGCCUGUUCCAGAGGGCCAUAGCUCAGAGUGGCUCAGCCAUCUCCAGCUGGUCAGUCAACUACCGACCGCUCAUGUACACCAAGAUCCUGGCGAAGAAGGUCGGCUGCACUCUGGGCGAUAUGGCUGAGUUGGUGGACUGCCUGCGGAGAAAGAGUUUUCGGGAGUUGGUGGACCAGGACAUCCAGCCUGCACGCUACCACAUCGCCUUUGGGCCCGUGGUAGACGGAGACGUGGUGCCGGACGACCCAGAGAUCCUCAUGCAGCAGGGCGAAUUCCUCAACUACGACAUACUGCUCGGGGUCAACCAGGGGGAGGGCCUGAAGUUCGUGGAUGACAGUGAAGGAGAGGAUGGAAUAUCGGCCGCCUCUUUUGACUACACUAUCUCCAACUUUGUGGACAAUCUCUAUGGAUACCCUGAUGGUAAAGAUAUCCUGAGGGAAACCAUAAAGUUCAUGUACACAGACUGGGCUGACAGGGACAACAGUGACAUGCGUAGGAAGACCCUCCUGGCGCUGUUCACGGACCAUCAGUGGGUGGCCCCGGCUGUCGCCACGGCCAAACUGCAUGCUGAGUUCCAGUCGCCUGUCUACUUCUAUACCUUCCACCACCACUGUCAGACUGAGGCAAGGCCAGACUGGGCUGACGCUGCCCAUGGAGAUGAGAUCCCCUAUGUGUUUGGGAUUCCCAUGGUGGGAGCCACUGACCUGUUCCCCUGUAACUUCUCCAAGAAUGACGUAAUGCUCAGUGCAGUAGUCAUGACGUACUGGACCAACUUUGCCAAGACAGGGGAUCCUAACUUGCCAGUUCCUCAGGACACCACAUUUAUCCACACGAAGCCAAACCGUUUCGAGGAGGUCAUCUGGACUAAGUUCAGCUCCAAAGACAAGCAGUACUUGCAUAUUGGCCUGAAGCCCCGUGUCAGAGAUAACUACCGUGCCAACAAGGUGGCCUUUUGGCUGGAGCUGGUGCCACAUCUCCACAGCCUACACGAGGAAAUCCUUAGCUCCAUCACGACCCGACUGCCGCCCGGAGGCACCAGCCGCUGGAAGGUCCCUCAUCCAGGCACCCGCUCCACACGGCACCCCGUGAUCUCCACCUAUCCGCCGGACCCUGAACCCGACGGUUCGGAGAGACCCCGCUAUUCCCCCUUCCCCAGCGAGACGCGGGACUACUCCACCGAGCUGAGCGUGACCGUCGCCGUUGGCGCCUCUCUUCUUUUCCUGAACGUGCUCGCCUUCGCCGCACUUUACUACAAGCGCGACAAGCGCCACGAACUCAUGCAGAGACGCCACCGCCGACUCUCCCCGCAGCGUGGCACGACGAUGGGCAUGGGUGUCGGAAUGGGAGUCGUGGGGGCGCCACCGCACAAUGACCUGGCUCUGAGUCAGGAGGAGGAGCUGAUGUCACUUCAGAUGAAGCAGCAGAGGGUGGAGCUGGAGCACGGGACGCCCCUGCCUUCCCGCGGCGUCCACGGCGACCUGGAACCCCUGCGGCCCCCCGUGUGCCCACCCGACUACACGCUGGCCCUGCGACGGGCUCCGGAGGACGUGCCAUUGAUGACAGCCAAUACAAUCACCAUGAUCCCCAGCACUAUCAGCAGCAUGCAGCCUCUCCACCCCUUCAACACUUAUCCCCCGGUUCCGGCACCAUCUACUACACCCGUCCCCAGCCACAGCAACAAUGCCCUGCCACACCAACACUCCACCACCCGUGUAUAGGACCAGGCACAAGCUCUGCUGUCCCCUCUCUGGGCUUACAGAGAUGCACCACACAAACUGCUCCAUACAAACUUCACUCUCAUCGCCCUCUUUUCUUCUUCUUCUUCUUCUUCUUCUUCUUCUUCACUAUAUGUUUUGUCUCUUCUCAUUAAGCCCUCAAAUAAAGCUGCACUUUGUAAGAUCCGAAGCAGUGAAAUACCUCUAGACUGUAAUCAUAACACAAAAGGGACUUGAUUGAAAAGCUUCUUUGAAAAGCUUGUCAUCCUGCUGAAGGUACAAACUGCUUUUCCCCGUCGAAGCUCUUUGAAUAUGCGGCACUUGGAGCAGUCACCAAACAUGCAGCUUUAACCGUGGAGCUCUCCCUCGAAGAGGUUUCGAGAAAAUCACAAUCAGUCAGGCAUCUAAUGUGUAGCUUGGUUGUUUUGCGCAUGUGUUGACGUGUCAGUGUAAAGCUAUGUUGAACAUAGAAAACAAAUGUUCCCUUUUAGUUAUUUAGUGAAACACAGUCGCGAGCGGCUUGUAUGAGGCAACAUAUGCACCAACAAGCUGCCUGUCAUAAAGCGCUGAUUUCCCGAAACUUACAAAUUGCAGCUUUACAGGCCCAAUCUGGAAGUGAAAUUUGGCACCCUGUGUUGAGCACUGUGUCCAAACAGCUGUCUGAGAUUACUGUUUAGUGUGUAAUGUAUUGACACGGCUGGGAGUGCAAGGAUGAGCGCUAUUUGACAGCGAAGCAUGAGUUUUUCCAUCCUAAAACUUAAUUUCUCCCACUUACAAAUGUGUGUACCUGUUUUCGGGUAUAAUGCUACCUAAUUGUCAUCCUAAAGAUCCGUAUACUCACUUUCGCUUUCGCUUUCGAGACAUUUCCAGAUUGGGGCUUCACCUGUCAGACGGUACAGGAAAUAACCGAGUCCCACUCGGCCUGUGGGACACAACCUGGAAUCCAGGCUGCCCAUUAGAGCUCGCUGCAUCUCCGCCUCGCAGGCUCUAAUCAUGCCCAUUACUUUAUUUGUUACUCGCUCAUUAUCUCUCUGUCUGUAUCCCCACCUCGGCUCAUUUAACUGCUUCUCUCUUCUCGCCGCCUCGCACUCCUUCUCUCGCUCUGCAUCGGCCCUUGUAGCUCUUUUUAUUAAACCAUUAACGUAUUCCAUUUCCAUCUCAACUUCUUUCUCGCAAUCACUUCUAGACUCUCUUUUCCUUUUGGAGUCUUUUAUACAAAAAACACAAAUGUAAAUGAUGUAUUAUUAAUAAAUUGUAAGGAUAUGAAUGAAAAAAAAAAAAGAUAUUCUGAUAUCUCGUUUUUACCAGCAUUCUUGGUGCCAAGUACUGUGAUAACGUUCCUCUUUCACUGGCGUCCAGUGGAGCGUCUGGAGAGGUCCAUCAUGACUGUAUCUUACAAAAGGAAUUACCAUCAUAAAAAGUGCCAACCCCUUCAUCUUUCUUUUUGAACCACACACUUCUUCUUUUUUUUCUUUUUUCUUUUUUUUUAUUACACUCAAUGUUGCACUGUGGCUGGUCUCUUUUUUAAAGGGAAAUCAGAUUCAAUAUAUCCUCAUUUAAAAAAAUAUAUAUAUAAAGUUUUAUUAACUACUUUGCUGCGUGGAAUAUUUGCAUGAUGUUUUUUUUUCAUUUCUAAAGCGUGUGGACAAAAGAAUUUGUAAUCUUGAUUAUUUGCCUUGUUCUUCAUUUAUUUUUAAUUUUAUUUUAAUUUCGAAAAUCAUUUUCAUUACUAUUUUAAUAUCAGCUGCACUUUGUGGUACUUCAGAAAGUAUUAAGAGAUGAAUAUUGUGUAAAACUAUAACAAAGAGAGUAAAUAUUUCCUCCUUAUUUUUUUCCCCCGUUUCCUAACACUGAGGCUGUGCCGCAAAACUACCAGAGAGACUGAUGAGUUUUCGUUUGACCCCCCCUCCCUCCCCUUUUUGCUUUUCGCUGUUUAUCUUUUGCAACCGCACAGUCACUGUCUCUCAAACUCACCUGAAGAAGCACUUUUUUAAGUUACAAAAAAAAAGAGAGAGAGAGAGACUACUUUAAAUGAAUAGUCUAAAUAAGGUUUUUGUCUGUGACUGACAUUGACCACAUGCUUCAAGUGUUCGGAGACUGCCCGACAGUUAUCUUUUCGUCUGCUCUUUUGUUGUUUCAUGACUCUCCCCCCUUUCCAAGGCGGGAGAACGGAUGAGAUAUAUUUAUGGUCAAAAGGUCAGAGAGCCUUGUAUGCGCGUUUCACAUCUUUCGCACAAUUGACACAGAGACGGGUCACACUCUGGACAACUCUAUAAAAAAAAAAAAAAGAGAAAAGAAAA